AUGGCGCUGUCGGCGGUGCUCGCGAACGAGUCGACCAUCGUAAAUCAAUUCGCACCGUCGCUGGCGCAGCUGCUAGGGGGGACAGAGGUUCAGCUGUGCUCCUUAUUUGUGGGAUUCCACGACUGCUCGAACGAUUUCGAGCAGGUUGGCUGCGCCAUAAACUGUAACCCAGAUUCGGGCAACUACGUGCGCCAGUCUGAAGGGGUGGGCGCGAACCCCAUUUUCACGAUGUGCGACAGUUUUGCAACCAAGAUGUUCGACGACUGCAAGGGACUGCCAGUCCCCGGCACUGGGGCCACGUUUGGCCAGUUUCUCAACAGCAAGGAGCGCAUGCUGAACAAGUCGUUUGGUGCUAUCUUUUCAGCCCUCGGAUACCGCAGCACCUCUCUCGAGAUUGCGCCCGUGAGUAGUGUGAGAGUGCUUGGCAGAAACAGGAGCGGGGGAGGGUGGGGAGGGGGGCAGAGGGGGGGAGGGAGAAGUGGGAGGAUGGAGGGGUGCGUCGUUUCCAAGGCGUCUCUUGUGCGGCGUCUCUUCCAAGGCUUCUCAGGUUCAAGAAAAUUCCCGGAGAGGUCAGCUCAUCCAACGCAGUCAACGCGGUCAACGCAUUCAGCGAGGUCAACGCGGUCAACCAGGCCUGCUCGCCCAUCAGCGCAGUCAGCUCACUUCGGAAAGCUCACCAAUCCAGAGGCGGACAGCGUGCAAGCUCAGUUCGAGAAGGACAAAAUCGUCAUCAUGAGGAUCGCGGUGGUGGGCGGCACUGGCAACGUGGGGUCCAAGCUGGCUCAGAAGCUGUGCGCCGCGGGGCAUGACGUCGUGCUGACGUCACGCCAUCCGGGUGACGAGAAGACCGCCAAGGCACUAGCAUAUGUGAAGGAGGGGGGCAAGGGGGCGGCAACAGCGGCAGGAGUGGCAGAGGCGGUGGAAGGGGCUGAUGCUGUGAUUGUUGCCACGCCUGGAUAUGCCACUGCUGAGGAAUGGAGCAAGGUUGUGGUUCCCUUCUCAUCAUACGCGGGGGUGGUGCUAGAUGCGUCGAACCCCUUGACUGCAUGGCCGGGGUUGGAGAUCAGCGCGGAUCAGACAAAGCGACUGACCUGUUCUUCCUUGCCGUCCCUUUCUCUUCCUCCCUCUUUUUUCUCCUUCUCUUCUGUAGUGGCCCCCUUCGCUUCAUACACGGGAGUGGUGCUAGAUGCGUCUAACCCCUUGUCUGCAUGGCCGGGGUUGGAGAUCAGUGUGGAUCACAGAACCACCAGCGGUGCAGAGGAGUUGAAGAAGGCCCUUCCUAACGCACACGUGUACAAGGCGUUCAACUCGGUGGGAGCAGAGCUCAUGGUGACACCAACGCUGGGAGGCAAGCCCAUCGCCAUGCUCUUUGCUGGUUCUGAGGAUGCGGGUGCCAAGGAGACUGCCAGUAAGAUCAUCUCAGCCGUUGGAUUCCGCCCUGAGUACGUCAUCUCAGCCGUUGGAAAUCGCCCCGAGUACGUGGGACCGUUGCUCCUCAACUACCAACCCCCUCAUGCGCAUAUGCAUCCCCCCAUCAUGCCAUGUCUUCCUCCCUCCCUUGCCCUUGGUCAGAUCAUCUCAGCCGUUGGAUUUCGCCCCGAGUAUGUGGGACCGCUACGCAACGCGCGUAAUCUGGAGAGCCUGGCGGAGCUCUGGGUGCACCUGGCCAUCAAGCAGGGGUGGGCGAGGGAUGGGUUCGCGUUCGACAUUCACAAGGCGUAG